AUGCCAUCAGAGCCAGCAGAAAUGACACAGCCACAGCCCUAUGACUUCUUUGUGGGCACAUUCAACACCCCUAACCUUUACACUCUCCGAUUCACUCCUCCGAGGGCGUCAUCUCCAACAUCAGCAACCAAAAUCAAAAACUCCGGGUUUCUGAAGAUCGUGCAGAAAUCCAGCGUUGUCGGUUCGCACAGCUGGCUACAUCUACACCCACCCCGGCGUCAUGGUGUGCGAAAUCUUUAUGCCACAGCCUGGACAGAACCUCCUUCCGUGGUCGCCUACGCUGUAGACUCGCCGACAUCCAUUCGAUUGCUCAAUACGGCACCAACGAGAUCGCGGAGCGGAUAUGUGGCCGCAAGCGACGUUGCACUGUACUCGGCCGGCGGUGCGACGGGGGAGGUGUACAGCUUGGAUCCGGAAACAGGAGCGAUCGUGUCACCGACUUCAGCAACCAAUGGCAAUAGCGCAUCUAAGCCGAUAAAGCCUCUCCAGGACCUUUCAUUCGUGGAUACCAGCGCAUCACAACGCGACAAUGGGACAGUGAUGGACUUUGGCGGGUUGCGGCACGGAGCACACAGCGCAGAUCUCUCGCCAGAUGGACAGGCGUUGUACGUAGCGGACAUCGGUCGCAAUUGCAUCUGGACGUACACGGUGUCCCCAUCCGACGGCUCCCUGACGCUGGGUGAGAAACAUAUCUCGCCGCGCGCGAACGACGGGCCCCGCCACGUCUGGCCGCACCCGUCUGGUCGCUUCGUCUACUGUCUACAGGAGCAUACGAGCAUGGUGGAUGUCUUCUCCACACAUGGAGGGGGCCGCCUACAAUUCGAUCAGGGCGUGAGGAUAAUCCCGGCGGAAGAGUGCGAGGGGGAAUUCUGGGCUGACGAGGUCCGCACCAGCCUGUCCAACGGAGAUGCACCAAAGUAUCUCUACGCGAGCACGCGAGGCCUGGAGCACGGGAAGAAAGGCUACGUUGCCGUCUACCAGCUCACGGCGGAUGGGCGGAUCGAUACAUCUCAGCAACGAAAUGGCGCGGGAGGAACCAGCAGCUACGAGACCGACGAGCGCUACGCUGGUCUCCUGGACAUGUACACAACAGCAACAAGCGGCGGGUGGGCCAACGCCGUCCAGCCAGGGCCGACGGUCGACGGCAUCGAGUACCUUGCAUUGACGGACAGUGAGGAAGGGCUCGUCUUUGUGCUCGCCUGGGACGGGAAGAAGCUCACCGAGGCCGCACGGGUCACAUUGGGAGAGGGCGAGGGCGCCGCCACUGCUGUGUGGCUGUAG